CACGCGUGAGAGCCCCGCGUUGCUCCCGGACUUUUUGGCGGACUUGCGCGAACACACUUAAGGACUUAAGCUCGCGUAGGGCUCAUACCAUUUCCUCCACCGUGGGAAGAACGUUCCGACGGGAAACUUUCGGAGCAGCGAGCAACGCGGUUGGCGAACGUCGCACGAAGAAAUGCGAUUGAAGUGAUUGAAAAAAUUAAAAAAAAAAGAAAAUAGAAAAGUCCAAUAAAGUCGAUGAGAGGGCGUUUUUGCUGGAAUUCUCGAUUCCAGGUAUAGGCGGCUAUUUUUCCGAAACCGGUAAGCGAAAUCGGAACAAACGUCUAUCUUUCAUGCAUUUUUCUCAGCCGUACGUCGAAAGGCGAACAAUUGCGUACCGGAAUGUACCCUAUUCAUAUCGCAUCGCAUUUCUCGUCAAGCAUGGAGCUUGCCUUGCGCUGCGACACAAACGAUUCGUCGCCGACAUUUCGAGUAACACGGCCGGCGGCGGCUCGAUCGGCUGAUUAGAUUUGACGUUCGCCGCUCGUUGUCGCUGAUCGAUCGCCUUGCCGUAACAGUUUCGCACGAUGGAAGAGCGGGCCCCGGUAAUGAGAGGACAGGACGGUUAAACGGGUCGGCGACAACACAAUUUUACUGUCACUUUUAUUGCCCGCGGUUUUAUUGGGCGGAUGGCGAAAGGCAGGAGCGGAAGAAGGAUAAAACGGAUGACCUAACCGGGCGGAUGAAAAUAUCGCUGUCUGGUGAUACUUCAAGUGAAGGAGCGGGUGUGCGUGUAUGCGUAUAUUACGGUAUGCUCUCUGCGUGAUGCGUCCCGCUGUGCGUGAAUGACUCCGUGUAUGAUCCGUGAGUGACGUCGGAAUAAUGUGUGCGCAGACCGGCGUAACAGCCUUAACCCGCUGAAUUGCGCGACGUUUUAGAACGUCGAGCAAACGGACGAGAAAAAAUGUCUCGUGCAACAGAAAGAGGGGGACGCAGAAACCGGCGACGAGAGAAAGAGAGGAACCGAUACCUCUGUUAUCGCUGGAUCGAAAACAAUCGUCUGAACAUUCGGCCGCGUUAAAACCCGAUCGAGAUAACUGAGGACGUGCGAUUGAAUGGAGGUAUCCCGCGGAAAUUUUUCUGUUCCCACCAACCGAGUUUUACUCCGGUCCCCGGCAGAAAAUCAAUUACUGGAACAGAGUUUCCUUUUUCCUGCAUACGUUGAGAGAGAAAUAUGUAAAGAAUGAAAGGUAUUUAUUCGGCGGGUGUGCAACGAUAACAGUUUGUUAAAAUUUCUCUCUAAAUUCUUUUGUUCAAACAGAACAAACGAUUGCCUUCGUGCAAAGCUGUAGAUUUAAGGAAAUGUGUAUUUUCUCAUUUGAAAGAAAUCAUUUUUUCCCCCGGUGUAUAAAAAUGUGUAUAUCGAUUGAAUAAAUGUUCCACUUAAACAAAGGAAUUCAGACUCAGGUGAAUAUAUUAUUAAAUCUGUUAUCAGUAUCAAUUCUAUCGAGAGAAAUCAAGCGGGAAUCCAUAUGGAGUCUCCCCGUGAUUGCCCUCGGGGAUUCGCGCGAGAAACCCAAAUUCUAUGUAACAGUCCGUAUGAGUGCCUACAUGGACCUUCAAUGCUGGAUCAAUCUCCUACAUGGAUUUUUAAUAUCCUAUAUGGAUUCGCAUGUGACUCCCCUGGAUUUCCGUGGCGAUCCACUUGGAAGUUCCCAACGGGGCACCGAAUAAAUAUUUUUUACUCUUUAGAUAUUUUUCCUCUCGAUGUAAGAAAUACGCGCUCUGGAGAAGUUAAUAAUCAGGUAUCAUAUGUGAAGGCAAUUAUGCGGGUCUGCACGCACGAAGAGCCGAGUUAUCCGAUAUGAUCUUUCUCGACCGGUGGUGCAUCUUGGCGUGAGCGUGCGUUCGCGCGCGAAACAAAUUCACGUCGCAGAACACGACAAAUGUUUCGCGGGACAAUACCAAGUGAACCGAUCUCAUGAUACGAGCGACAGUGACAGGCAACGUCGUUCCGGCGGGACAAAUAAAAAUACGCCCCGCCGACCGGGAAUCGGAUGAAUAAAGGAUGAAUUUACGAGGAGCUGCGCACGGGGCCGGUGGUAAGACGGAUAUCGUGACGCUCUUCUCGCGCGAUCGGCGCCGGCAGAUAUGCAGCCGUGAUGUAUCGCUCGGUCUGAAGAAGAGAAAGAGAGACAAAGAGAGACACAUCGAGAAAGAGAGAGAGAGAGAGAGAGAUUGUGUGAGGGAGCAACGAAAUCGCGCGAUAUUUCGAGAACACGAGCGAGCGCGGACAUCGAACGGGAACGCGGAGAAACGGUAUUCGUUACAAAUGUCUCGCGAAACAAGGCGACGCGAAUUGUCUCGCGCGGAGAGACGCAUGAUGUCCCUACGGCCCGUGAGAAGCGUCCUUGAGAUAACUUGGACGUUCGUCAAAAUGCGGUGAUAUAUGAUGGACACGUAGAAAAGAGCACAGUCGCGUCUCGUCUCCAUCGUCGGCCGAUGUGACUUGAAGUACCGGUCGAAUUCGAGAGAUUUCUCCUUCCGAAGCUGCGAAUUUCUCUUGCUCGCGCGAUUUUUCCGCUUCUCGCGCACGAUGCAAUUUUCACGGGGAGAGAGAGAGAGAGAGAGAGAGGAGAGGAGACGAAAGGGGAUCCCAUCAUUCGGUCCAUCGAGCGAAUGUCAACGCCGGUAGUUGCCGAACGUGAGUGUGACAGAUACGGAGCGCGAGAUUUUCCGGGAGAGCAACUUCCGCGAGGUAGCUCGAGGAGGAAUGAGCCGGCCCAAGAUGACGUCGGUUUUGUUCGCGUGCGUUAUCCUCGUCGCCUUGUGCGAGGCGAUCUCGUCGUCCUGGCGACCGAUCGUGCCGGCGCACAGCGGCGCGAGUACACUGCACCAGGAGGCAUCGAUUUUCGGAAACGCGCCAACGCAGACGCUCUAUGACGCGGACAGUUCUCACCUGCUGCUGCCGCAGGACCAAGAGAGGUGUUCCCUCUACAAGGUCGCCAUGAACCAGCAGCUGUACUUCGAGUACAUCCAUUAUAAGAUGGACCUGCCGGACUUGAAGGAGUUCACCCUCUGCACGUGGACGAAAUUUUACAAUCACACCAACGACCAUCCCCUGUUCUCUUACGCAGUCGGUGACCAGCCACGAGGGAUAAUGUCGUGGGUGGCGAACACGCCAAGAAGCUCGUACUACAUGCUUAACGUCAACGGUCACAACUUGUACAGAUUGAAUUAUCCACUAAGACUUAAUAAGUGGUACCACUCCUGCCAGAGCUGGAACGGUCGCACCGGGGAGUGGCAGAUCUGGGUCAACGACGAACGCGUAGGUCGCGGGUUCAAUAACAGGUUAGUCGGGCACGUCAUCAAAGGCGGCGGAAUUGCUAUUUCGGGACAAGAGCAACGACAGCUGGGCGGUGGCUUCUUAGAGGGCAAAGGCGCACCACCGGGCUCCGGUGGCUAUCUGGGGGAGCUGACGAUGCUGCAGCUGUACAACGUCGCCCUGACCGCGGGGAAGGCGCACAAAGAUCACAAGCACCAUCACGCCCAUCAUUACGAACACGAUACGAGUAAUAACACGCCGAGGAGCACCACGCGAGCGCCCGUAACCGGACCACCUUUGCCGCCGCAUCCCUUCCUCACCGGGGGACAGAUCAAUGCACAAGUGAAGAUCAAUCCGGGAGCGCCGAUUCAGAUCGUACAAAACGGUCUAACCAUUCGUCAUCCCGCAUUACCGCCGGCGCCGGAAUCGCCCCCGCAGCCGCUUCCGCCCCUGAAUCUCGAUGUUCUCUCGACGACGUUCCCCGCGCUGCAGACGCAAUUCUUCGGCAGUCCGACGCUGCAGCAGCAGUUGCCGACCGCCGGCGGAUCGUCGUCGCUUUUCCCGGACGGGAGCUAUCACAAUCUCUUCAAGAGAGAGAAGAGCGAGUCGAAACGGCGAACCCUCAAGGACGAGACAGUGGUGUCGAGCUUGGUCGAGAAGUCCGUCGCCAAGAGAGACAUCGAGAAAACUUCGCGACCUGGCAGCUCCGACGGCAAGGUGACCUUUGUGCCGAGAUCGGAAGUCACGGAUGAGAAGGAGCUGAGCAAACGAGAAGCCGACAAGAAGAAGAGAGGGCUGUUGCAGUUGGGCGACGGGACGCUCUACGACGACGGAUACUCCAUCCCUCAAGGCUUGGACAACGAUUACUUCUCGGGCCUGAUGAAUUUCGGCUUGCAUCUUAGCAAGUGGACGGACGAGGAGGACGAACGCGAACCGGCCGAGGCCGAGGUCAGGCAAGUGAUGGACGUAUGUGACGGCUGCGCCGAAGAGCCGUUCGAGAAGGCGCUGGUCAUAAGCUGGAGGUCGGUGCCCAAGAAGCUGUAUUCCGGUGCGUUGUUCUUGCCGGCGGUGCCGGCGUGCAAGGCGUUCUAAAGGCGCCGGCGAGACGCGCGCGGCAGAUCGUGUGCUAGGAGUGAC